AAAAUGUGUUGGUUUUGGAUGAUACUUGUCUUCCUUGGUUUGGUAUUUUGUAACCUUUCAGCUUCAGAAGGUAGGCAUAUUUCUAGCCAUCAUCCAACUGCUCUUGUUGUAGGAAAAGUUUUCUGUGAUGUUUGUCACUAUCACCAGGAUUUGUCAAAGGCCAGUCACUACAUUUCAGGAGCUAUUGUUGCAGUGGAAUGUGCAAACUCAGGCAAAAACUCAAGAUUUUACCAAGAAGUGAAAACAAAUAUGCAUGGAGAAUUCAGUGUACACCUUCCUUUCAACGUGGACAAACAUGUCAAACAUGUUAUAGGAUGUUCAGCCAGGCUAAUCAGCAGCAGUGAGCCACAGUGCGCUGAGGCAUCGACAACAACAACCUCUUCUUCUUUCCAACUCAAAUCGAAGAAAAAGGGAACACCUAUUUUUUCUGCUGGAUUCUUCACUUUCAAACCUGUAAACCAGCCAAAACUUUGCAACCAAAAACCAAGCAUUCAUAGUACCAACAACAAAGAACCAUAUCCUGAUCCCAUAUUAACUCCAUCAGUGUCGCGUUUUGUUACUAUUAAUCAAGGCUAUCUUCCACCUCUUCCAGGACUCCCUCCUUUACCGCAGCUCCCUCCUUUACCACAACUCCCUCCUCUGCCACCUCUUGUAUUGUUUCCACCGUUUUUUCAUGGACCUCCGAUGUCUCUUCCACCUUCAACAUUUCCACCGUUUUUACAUGCACCUCCAAUGUCUCCUCCACCUUCAACAUUUCCACCGUUUUUUCAUGCACCUCCAAUUCCUCCACCUUCAACAUUUCCACCAAAUUUUCAUUCACCUAUAAUGUCUCCUCCUCCUUCAAUACCACCUCCAAUUACACCACCACCUACAUUUGAUUUAAUUCCAUUACCACCACCACCAUCGCCACCUUCCCAAUUUCUUCUCCCUCCGUUCCCAUUCAGUCCUAUGCCUGGCUUACCUGGAGUUCCUCCCGCUUCUACUUCAUCUUCGAAAAAGAACUCCCCUUAGUCCAAAUGCAACUAUACAAAUACCUAGUAGUUAUAUGAAUAGCUUUACAAUAAAUUCAUUUGCUUGGAUUCAAGACAUAAGAAGAACAAAAGAGGGAAGAUAUAUUGAAGACUUGGUGAUCGAGGCUCACCUACUUAUAGUUAAUUGUAUAAUUAUUUAUAAUGUUCCAACACAAGACCAUUAUAUUAUAGAACCAUUAAGAUGUUGGUUUACCAACAAACAUCCUGUUAUAGAUUAAAAUUCACUUAGAAACAAGGUGACAAACCAAAUGAAC